GUAGGUGUAGGAUAGUGUGCAAAGAUACCAAUUGUCACUUUACAGCCCUUUGCAGCAAGGUGGCCUAUAGCCAUUCUUUUAAAUUAAAGACAUGGAAUGGGGACCACACAUGUGGUAGGGUUUUAGAAAAUCGUAGUGCUGAUGUAAACUUUGUUACCAAAUAUGCCCUUGAGAAUAUGAGGACCUCUGAGAUGAAGGUUAGUGAUAUAAUGUCAGAUCUGAGAACACACAAGUCAGUUGGAGUGUCAUUUUACAUAGCUUGGAUGGCAAAAAAGAAGGCCAAGGAACUCAUAGAAGGGGAUGCAAAGAAACAGUAUACCUUACUGUGGAGGUAUGCAGCUGAGCUUCAGAGGGUAUCUAAAGGAAACAGGUGUAAGAUAAAUGUUGAUAGACUGUCUUUGAGUGUUCAACCCAGAUUUAGCAGGUUUUAUUUUUGCUUUGAUGGUUGUAAGCAGGCCUUUAUAUCAAGCUGUAGGCCAUUCAUAGGGGUUGAUGGGUGUCAUCUGAGAACCCAAUAUGGAGGUAUUUUAUUGGUUGCAGUUGGUAGAGAUGCAAAUGACCAAUACUUUCCUUUGGCUUUUGGAGUUGUAGAGACUGAAACAACAGAUUCAUGGAGGUGGUUCCUUACCUUACUGCUUGAAGAUAUUGGAACUAAUAGGAGAUGGGUAUUUAUUUCUGAUCAACAAAAGGGGUUGAUAUCAGUUUUGGAGGAGUGGUCUGACAUAGUUGAACACAGACUAUGUUUGAGGCAUCUGUAUGCAAACUUUAAAAAGAGAUUUGGAGGUGGUGCUUUGAUCAGGGACUUGAUGAUGGGUGCAGCCAAAUCAACUUAUUAUCAAUUGUGGAAGUCAAAGAUGGAUGAGCUGAAGAAGAUUGACUUGAAAGCUUGGGAGUGGUUAUAGUGGCACAUGACCCUAAAAUGUGGUGUAAGCAUGCUAUUUCUUAUUAUCCUAAAUGUGAUGUCUUAAUGAACAACAUUUCUGAAGCAUUUAAUUCAACAAUAUUAGUUGCUAGAGACAAACCAAUACUUACCAUGGCUGAAUGGAUUAGAACAUAUUUAAUGAAUAGAAUGUCAACCAAUAGGCUUAAGCUACAGAAUUGGAACCAUAAGAUAAUGCCUAUGCCUAGGAAAAGAUUAAACACAGAAAUUGUGAAGUCUGGUGGUUGGGUUGCCAUAUGGGGUGUUGCUGAAGAGUUUGAAGUUCAUCAGGUAGGAGGAAGUCAGGCUUUUACUGUUAAUUUGGCAAAAAAAACUUGUUCAUGUAAUUUUUGGGAGUUGGUGGGGAUUCCUUGCAGACAUGCCAUUGCAGCUAUGUCUAAAACUUCAAAGGACCCAGAAGAUUAUGUCUCUGACUGGUAUAGCAGGGAAAUGUAUGAAAAGUGUUAUACACACAAUGUAAGUGCUAUCAAUGGUCAAGACAUGUGGCCAGAGGUUGAAUGUGAGGAGUUGUUACCUCCUGCUUAUAAAAAGGGUCCAGGAAGACCAAAAAAGGUUAGAAGGAGAGAAGCUGAUGAAGCACCAUCCUCACAAGGUAAGUAUAAAAGAUAUGGGACUACUUACAGGUGCACAAAAUGUGAUAAGUUUGGGCAUAAUGCUAAAGGAUGCAAAAGUCUAACUGUCAACCCCAAUGCUCAAAAAAGAAAGAGAAAGCCACCAAGACAACCAAGUGAAGCUAGGACUAGUACAAGUGAAGCUAAUGCUGGAGCAAGUGCAACUGAUGCUAAUGAUGGAGCAAGUGCAAGUGCAAGUGCAAGUGAAGCUGUUUGUGGAGCAAGUACAAUUCAUGGUGGGGAGUCUACAUCAAGUGCAAAUGAGUCUGUGCAGGGUGCAAGUAAGAAAAGGAAGGUUGGGAGCAAUACAACAUUCAUUCCUCCAAAACAGAGUAAGAAAUCUAAAAAAAAUCCCAUGGCCUUUAUGUCUUCAUCUGUAAAGCCAAGUGCUAAUGUACAAACAACAGUUCACACCACCAAAAAAUCACACACAUUAAUAGAGCCAACUGCAAAUGUCACCACUACGGUUCACACUUCAAGCACAUCUGUGAGGCCAACUGCAACUGUCAACACUGUGGUGCACACAUCAAAAAGUUCACACACAGUUGUUAAACCCACAGCAAAUGUAACCACUGUUAUUAACCCAAAACCUACUGUCAUCAAGAAACCUUCUGUUAAACCUGGUAUGCACAGAAAACCACCAAGAAAACCUACUGUUCGCACCUUAGAUGUUGUUAGGGCCAUUGUGGAGCCAAUAGUGAAAGUUAAAGCCCCUAUUAGGAAGAGUAGGAGAAUAGUCUGGAAAGGUCCUGCAAUAAAAAAUGGUCCAGGUAAAGAUUUGGAAAACCCAAUUGAGGUGGUUGAUGAAGAGGUUGAAGAGGCAGGUGGAUCAGAGAAACAUGUUGCUGAAGCUACACCAAGGAAAUUAACAGAUGCAGGUGGAAGCUGCUUGGCCUUGUUAAGAAGUGUUGAAAAUGUGAAGUAUAUUUAGUGUUAAUUAUGUAAUGACAUUUCCACUGACUUGUAUUUUGUGUUUGGCAAAGUCCAACUUAUGUAACUUGUUUAAGACUUGUAUCUUGGUGUUUGGUUAUGUCCCACUUAUGUAAUAGCAGUACUUGAAUUGUCAUAACUUUGUGAUUUGCUUGGCUAAGUCCAAAUUUUGUAAAACAAAGUAUGAACAUCUGUUAUUAUAA